GAACGAGACCCUGGAGAGUAUCACCAUGGUCACGACACCGACUAGUAAGAGGAUCACUAGGAGUGAAGUAAAGGUGUCAGGUUUCUGUCAGUUCAUCACAACAUUACCUGCAGAGGAAGGAAAAUAUAACUUUUAUGUCUCUGUCACGCCAGGUGGACAAACCUACUCUACAGCUGGCGCGAAGGAAUGGAUUUCAGUUGAGCAACCUCUUGAACCAGAAGUCUACUGUGACCCACAAUCUGGAUUGUUACAAAACAAUGAUGUCAUCUGUACGUGUAACACCAGCAAUAUGGGGCAACCCCCAGGGCUUUUAGGAUGGAGCACAGGCAACGGCACUAACCUAGGGCUUGCAAUUGAAAGGAAAAAUACAAUCGCCAAACCGCUAAAGUUGCAUUAUAAAGAGUUUCGGAGCUUGAUGGAUGAUGAAACAGUUUGGGUUAGAUGUGGCAUCACAUGGGGCACAACUGUUAUCCAAAGGGAGAUCAACAUUUCUGCUGCAGUUGGUAAGGGAAAAUUACUUACCCCCUGAGCAAUGUUUUUUUAAAUGGAAAUGUUUUCUUUCUUCAGUUUCUUCCUUUUGGUCGUUUUUUCCCUCCUUGGUUGCUUCACUUUAUGCCUGCCUGCCUGUAUACUCGGCUGCUUGUCUGUUGCAGAAUUAUUUUAGAAAA